AUGAGUACAAGUCAACUGAGGACACCUAAUACUCGUCCAGUCACACCCCUUAAUGCAUUGCCACAACGUCGAAAUGUUGCUGCUAAUACUGGUACAACAACAACAAAUGCAACACAACCAUUUGAAGUUGAUGAUCAAACCGAAAUACCACACCAGCAAGACGAUCGACGCAAUCAACAGCAAACCACAAUGACAACAUCUUCCUUUCGUCGUCGACAACGUCGAGUUCGACAAAAACAAUAUCAAAAGACAGCUAAGACUGCUAAUCGAUUUAAUAUUUUGUCCGACGAAAAUACUAAUGAUGUUCAAUCUGAUGAUGAACCUAAUGCGUCGAACAAUGAUCGAAUCAAUUCAAAGCCAAAGAAACAAAAUAAACAACGUCUUUAUCUAGAACAUAGUCGAAUAAUGUCCUACUUACAAAAGAAUUGUUUACAUGCUAUUAAUAGCCGUGGUAAUCAAGCUUAUCAAACUUAUCUUAAAAUGGGCACAGAACAGAAACAUUGGGCUAAAGAAGUGGUUCAACGAACAAAACGACGAGAUGAUGUUAUUUGUACUUGUUUUGUUCAAAAGAAGAUCAAUCAAUUAUCAGCAAAAAUUGCUGAAGCCAAUGCUACUAUUUCUGAUCUUCAAAUACAAUUAAACACUUACUGGUCACAAAUAACUAAUACUAAUGCAUCAACAACUACACCAGUUCUGAAUCCCAAUGCAUCUAUAGAAGCAACAACAGCGGCAACAACGGUAACGACAACUGAUGGAAUUAUAACAACUCCAUCAACAACAACUACUACUCGUAAUCGUGAUCCUGUUGAUCGAAUUGAAAAAUUAACUCUUCGAUAUAUUCAUCAAUGCACACAACAUGCCAAACGAUUAGCUGAGAGUAAAAUUAGAUUGGCUAAAGUUCAAAUAGAAGAAUUCAAAGCUUUAGAAGAUUUUGAACAAAUAGCAACUCCAUUACAAUGGAAUGUUCAUCUAACGCUUAAACCAAAAAUGAAACUUUGGUCGACAAAAAACAAGAAUUAUUUGACAGCUACAAAACGUAUUGAAUAUGAUUUCCCUCCGAAUUUUAUUGGUAAAAUCGAUUUUAAUUUUAAAAUUGACGAAUCAAUUGUCGCCAAAGAAGAAGCUCAAGAAAUGUACAAUCAAAUGCGACAAAUCACCAAGAAUUAUCGAACAAGUGCCAUGAAUCUCUAUUUACAAUCGAUGACUCGUGAAAAAGAACUGUUGGGAACAGAAAUUAGACGUAUCAUUGAAGGCUUUCCAAAAGAUAACGAUGAUGGCUUUGAUGCCGAACCUGGCUUUGCAGCCUUCAAACAAUAUCAAGAAAUACGUGAAAAACGAAUGAACAUAGAAGCUGACCAAUCAAUUUAUUUUUUAGAAGAACAGCGAGUCGAGGGCGAGCCAGACAAUCCCGAACAACCAAUAAUCGUUGCCCCGACUUUAACACGUUCGCUGGGCGAGGAUUUCUUGCUCCAGCUAUAA